AACCUUUCCUGUCUGCGCCUGGUGGUGCGUUUGCGCCUCCUGUCUUGAAAAGGGAGGUGAAGAAGAGUUUACUUUCCAGAGUUCAAGGUUUGGUUUCGGUGUGUUUUGUCCGGAGUUAAGGGUUCGCCGAGGCACAAAAGCUUCCCCCCCCCCUUUUUUUCACGGAGCCAAGAUGCUGAACAUGUGGAAGGUUAGGGAGUUGGUUGACAAAGCAACCAACGUGGUGAUGAACUAUUCAGAGGUGGAGUCCAAAGUCAGAGAGGCCACCAAUGACGACCCGUGGGGACCAUCGGGACAGCUGAUGAGUGAAAUCUCAAGAGCCACCUUCAUGUAUGAGCAGUUCCCUGAGGUGAUGAACAUGCUUUGGGCACGCAUGCUGAGGGAUAACAAGAAGAACUGGAGGAGAGUCUACAAGUCCCUGCUACUGCUCGCCCAUCUAAUCAGGAAUGGAUCAGAGAGGGUGGUUACCAGUACCAGAGAACAUCUGUAUGACCUGAGAUCAUUAGAAAGCUACCACUUUGUAGAUGAGAAUGGGAAGGACCAAGGUGUGAAUGUGCGUCAGAAGGUGAAGGAGAUGGUGGACUUUGUCCAGGAUGAUGACAGGCUUAGGGAAGAACGGAAAAAGGCAAAGAAGAACAAAGACAAAUUCAUUGGGGUAUCCUCAGACAGUAUGGGAUACCGAAGUUACACGGGGGACAGGUACGACUCCAGCGAUAGCCGGGGAAAGUGGGACGACGACUGGGACAGGAGUAAAGGGCAAUUCCCCUUCAGCGAGAAGCUGGGGGAGAUCAGCGACAAAAUUGGCAGCACCAUUGACGAUACCAUAAGCAGAUUUAGGAAGAAAGAAAGAGACGACUCACCAGAUCGAAUUAGUGACAACGAGGAGGACCGGGGACGCUCGUCUCACAAUGGCCAGACAGGGAAAGAGUUUAAAGAUGAAGAGGAGACUGUUACCACCAAGAGUGUACACAUAGUCCAAGCAACAGAGACCACAGCAACACGAAAGAGAGGAGUCCCUUCCAGGAAAGUAGACUUGGGGGCUGCAGCGCUCUACACAGGAGACAAGAGCCCAGACACCACCAACAAACAGCCCCAGCCAGCAGCCCCUAAGCCCUCCAGUACCGGCCUAGCUGACCUACUAAUGGUAGACACAACACCGAGCCAGCCUGCUCCCACAGACCUGAUCAGUGCAUUUGCCGACUUCUCCUCGCCUGCUGCCUCUGCCAUCCUCUCUUCAGGAUCUGCAGCACCAGCGUCUAGCAGCAAUGGAGACUUUGGAGAGUGGAAUGCCUUCCCUGGAGGUCAGAUGCCUGCAUCUGCUCAGACUGUUGACAACAGCGGAAAUGACCUUUUUGGAGCAAUGGCAGCAGGUCCUGCCACUGCUCCAGCCCCCGCCCCAGUCUCAGCUCCAGGCUCUGGUCCUGCCUCAGCAGACCUGUUUGACUUGAUGGGGCCAACUCAGUCCCUCACCUCCUCCCAGAGCCUCAAUUUUAGCAUGAGCAGCACACAGAGUAUGAGCGCCACAGUCCUGCCCCAGUCUAGGUCACAGCCCCUCCAGAACAUAGGUGGUCCUAUCCAACCGCAGUCGGUCAUGCCUCUCCAGCCGUUGCAGCAGGGAAUGGCCUCUCAAGGUGCUGGAGCCAAAGCAUCCCUCCCUUCCACCUGGGCAGACCAGACGGUUAACAUCAGCCUAGAUUUCCUGGGACCAGGCAUGCAGCCACCCAAGCCUAGCCAGCCCACCCUCAACACCCUCCAACAAGGCCACCAGGUACCUGCCAACAUGCUCUCCCAGGGAUUUUCCGCUAUGAGCCUUGGAUCUACAACAGUCAGGCCUCCUGUAAAUCCUAUGAUGCACCCUGGUGCUGGCAUGGGAAUGGGAAUGGGCAUGGGCAUGGGCAUGGGGAUGACCCCAGCCCACAACCAGGGUAUGAUGGGGAUGGGCAUGAACAUGGGGAUGCCUGGUGCUAUGGGAAUGGGGAUGAACCCUGGAAUGGUCCAACAGCCUAAACACGAUGCCUUCGCUGACUUUGGCAACUUUGGAAAGUGAUGGAGCUGGAGAGCAUCCGGUAGAGUGGUGUCGGUCGGUCUCUCUCUCUCUUUCUCUCUCUCUCUCCGUCCAUUGGUGAAGGAUUGUUAUGAGCUGCAAACAAAGAGUACUUGAAUAAUGUCAACUAUCACAAUACCAACACCCCGCAAUCUCCUAGAUUUUUUUUUUUUUUUCAUUUUAAAUAAUGCUGUGUAGUGAUAUGGAUCUAAAUGAAUGUGUGUUUGUGUUGUGUUUGAACCAAUGAUCUGUCUGGUCUGGGGUGAUGGUCAGGGAUGACAGCGUGCCUUGUCGGUUACUUAUAAGUCAGUGAGAGGAGGGAAGAGUGCCACCAAGAGAAUGUCUGGGGGGGGGGGGGAUUUGCUUUAUAACCUCAAUCAAGUUAAAUCACCAGAAUAGCAAAAAAAAUAUAUAUCAGUAGCUGCAUAAUUUUUUGAGAUACAUUCUCAGUAACUUUACUGAAUGAUGAGUUUGAAUAACAUGAUCAGCCAUUUUAACUUUCUAAUGUACAUUUAAGAAUGUCAAGUUACCUCUUGUUUUGUCCUUGCGCUUCCUUUUGACCUGUAAAUAGAAAUCCGGAGCCCUUACAAAUAAGUUAUGAAGUUCCUAUAUGAGAAGAAGUGACAGUGUGAAGACUUGUAUCAUACAGACCAAAUCUGAUAUGAAUUAAGACCUAUAAGAAAGCACAUUGACACCUUCUCUUUGUACAUAAGCGUCCACACACUCCAAAUGUGGCCUGUCAGUGCUACAGUUCAAGUAAUGAGUGUUUGGAGUGAAUACUAUUGAUUCAUUUGAGGAGUUUCUCCUUCAACCGACCAUCAUUUGUGGCCUUUCUUAUUGGUAUAUAUAUCUAUAUAUUUUACUUAUGAAGAAGAUUAUAAUCAGUUUGCAUCCAAAUGAGAUAAUCAGUAGGUAGAAUAAGCCUCAUACAGGGGUUGUGGGUUCUUAAUUAAGCACAGAGUGCCUGAAAGACCUUUGCCUUGCCUUUUCUCCUCAGUUAAACUCUGAAAGACAAUGUGACUGUUGCAGUGUUGAGGACAGCUACCAGAAAGGAGCUUCUGUACUAUGUACAAAUGCGUUUGUACCUAUGCCUCAAGCCAAGCGUGCUGUCUUUACGGAUAUCAGAUGCAAUUGUAUAAUUAUUUCCCUCAUUCUGUUUUGUUUGUCUAAUUCGAUUUUAUUUCCGCUCUGUUCACGUCAGUGGUAACUCCAGGGCUCAGAAAACACCCAAUAUAUAAAUAUAUUGAGCUCAUCUUAAUUCAACACCUCAAGUGUUUAUACUGACUGUUAUUAAGAUUGCACCAUUCAUCUAUCUGUUGUCUGUUCACCAGUGCAUCUUGGUUAAGUGCUGCCUUCUCAUCUUACAUCUUUAUUAAUGUUACACAUUACAAACAGCAGUCUUGGAAAGAGUGUUGCUGUCAAAGCUGUCACCAAUCCAAGUCUGCAGGUUUUGCAGCUUAUCAGGAAGAUCGUAUGAGGGGAAGCACUUUUACCAGUUGGUACAUACCCAGUACAUCGCGGUGGUUGGAUGAAUGUGUUGUGCGAUGGCGCAUAAUGAACAAUCCCAUUCAGCUAACUGGCCUGUUAAAUGUACAAAUCCUUGCUCUUCACUGGUUCAAGUGCCUGCCAAUGGUUGCCUCCUGACCCUUGUAAUGAGUGAUUGAUAAAUAAAUCUUUGCUGCCUGACAUUUUUGGUUUGUCAAGGAGUAGAUAAAUAAUUCACUGACCAGAGAAAAAGGCAGUGGAUUCUGCAGCCCCAGGAGGAUUAGAAGUUGUGCUUUCCUGCUUUCCCAAGGGUUCGAGGAUGAGCACACUAACAUGUAGUAGCCUUGCAUCGGAGUCAGAAGCAUUAAAAUGACCAAAAUCAGUUUGCUGUUUUUCUAAAAUAUAUCAGUAGAGGUUGUUUUAUGCAUUUUUUUUUUUUACUUCAAAUUGUUUUGAUCUUCUCUAAAAUGGGAUUGUUACUGAAACACUAGCAUAUGCAAAUGUAAAAAAAAAAAAAGAAAAUCCUUUGAGAAAAUGAAAUUUUGCAUUCGUCCCAUUUUGAUUUGAUUUACACAUCAAGAUUCUUUAUCUACAACAUUAAACAGUUGAUUGAAAUUUGUUAA